AGGGGGUGGUUGCUUCUCCUCCUGCUGUUUCUUGGGAGUGAAGCUCUUCCCUCUCUGGGUGGCUGGGUUGCUGUUGGUGCCUAGGAAGCCCCAUGGGAGGGCAGAGCCAGGGCCUGGCAGGGGGCCUCAGCCUCUCAGGGUAGAUGUCACUAAAGUGUCUGAGACAGGCAGGGAAACCAGGCGGGGGAAUGUGCACCCACAGCCUGGGUUACACGGCUGCAGCUCCCUGCUCUGAGGCCACCUCAUAUGUACCAAGGAGACCUUUUUGAAAAAUAAAGUGCAGACUAGGUGUGAUGGCUCAUGCCUGUAAUCCCAGAGCUUUGGGAGGCCGAGGCGGGAGGAUUGCUUGAGCCCAGGAAUUCCAGACCAGCCUGGGCCACAUAGAGACCCCUGUCUCCACAAAAAAUAAAGUACUGAGCAUUUGUAUUUUACAUUAUGAAAGUAGCAUCAUAGAUCACAACAAUUUUAAAAGCAGAAAGAAGGAAGAGGCCGGGUGCGGUGGCCCAUGCUUGUAAUCCCAGCACUUUGGGAGGCCGAGGCCAGCAGAUCACUUGAGGCCACGAGUUCAAGAACAGCCUGGCCAACGUGGCAAAACCUUGUCUCUACUAAAAAUACAAAAAAAUUAGCCAGGUCUGGUGAGCAUACACCUGUAAUCCCAGCUGUGUGGGAGGCUGAGGCACGAGAAUCCCUUGAAUCCCAGAGGUGGAGGUUGCAGCGGAUCACUUGAGGCCAGGAGUUUGAAAACAGCCUGGCCAACAUGGCAAAACCUUGUCUCUACUAAAAAUACAAAAAAAUUAGCCAGGUCUGGUGAGCAUACGCCUGUAAUCCCAGCUGUGUGGGAGGCUGACGCACGAGAAUCCCUUGAACCCCGGAGUGGAGGUUGCAGUGAGCUGAAAUUGUGCCACUACACUCCAGCCUGUGUGACCAGCUGAAAUUGCGCCACUGCACUCCAGCCUGUGUGACACAGAGACUCUUGAGUCCACCAAAAAAAAAAAAAAAGAAGAAAAUCACUUUUAGUUUUAUCAUCCAAAGAUGACACCCUUCAAUAUUUUGAAUAAUUCCACCCUGUCCUUUUCUAGCUAUGGGGCUGUUAUCUGACUGGUGGUAGCAUUUUAUUCCCUGUCCCUGUUGUUGGGGUUGUGACAGAUAUUUCCCUCAUGCUGUUAUAAAUGUUGUAAACCCACCCCUAAUAACUGCAUCUUAUUUCGUGCAGGGGCUACCGCAUAACUUACUGACCUUUUCUGUUUUGUCAUGAAGUGGGUUGGCCAGGAGCUGUACCCAGGCAGAGGACAUGAAGAAAUUGCCCUGUGACAGGAGCCAGGGAAACUACAGGGGAGGGCUCGAGGCUGGGGUGCUGGUUUUGCUGGCUUGGCCUGGUUCCCAGAAUGCAAAGCCCAUUUUUCUUUUUUUUUGCAACCUCCACCUUCUGGGUUCAAGCCAUUCUCCUGCCUCAGCCUCCCAUGUAGCUGGAACUACAGGCGCACGCCCCCAUGCCCGGCUAAUUUUUUUGUUUGUUUGUUUGUUUUUUUAGUAAAGAUGGGGUUUCACUAAACCUGUUGGCCAGGCUGGUCUCAAACUCCUGACCUCAGAUAAUCCGCCCGCCUCGGCCUCCCAAAGUGCCGGGAUUUACAGGCGUGAGCCACCGCACCCGACUGCAAAGCCCAUUUUUCUAUAGGUAACCUGUGGUGCGCGGGGUGGCACUAGUUUUCACCCAGCGGUCGAGGAGGCAGCGAAGUCGAGGUCCCAGCGUAGUGCGCGCCUCUGAAGCGCUUGGUGCGGGCUCGGGCGCGCGGCGCCACCGUUCCCAUCCAGGCUUGUGGGAGGCCACCGGCGGGCCGGGCUUCGAGAUGGCCUCCCCGCCGCGGUGCUCCCCGACAGCCCCGGACAGGGAAUGCAAGUUGCCGCCACCCUCGGCCCCCGCCAGCGAGUAUUGUCCCGGCAAGCUGUCCUGGGGGACCCUGGCGAGGGCCUUAGGCCGCUUCAAGCUGUCGAUCCCGCACACGCACCUGCUGGCCACCCUCGACCCCCUGGCCUUGGACAGGGAACCACCACCGCAGCUGUUGCCUGAGAAGCACCAGGUGCCGGAGAAAUUGAUCUGGGGCGACCAGGAGCCUCUCUCCAAGAUCCCAUUUAAAAUUCUGAGUGGGCACGAGCACGCUGUGAGCACCUGCCACUUCUGUGUGGAUGACACAAAGCUCCUCAGUGGCUCCUAUGACUGCACCGUGAAGCUGUGGGAUGCGGUGGAUGGUUCUGUGGUUCGCGAUUUUGAGCACAGGCCCAAAGCUCCUGUUGUAGAGUGCAGCAUCACGGCCGACAGCAGCAGAGUCAUUGCCGCAUCCUAUGAUAAGACAGUGAGGGCCUGGGACCUGGAGACAGGCAAGCUGCUGUGGAAGGUCAGGUAUGAUACCUUCAUCGUCUCCUGUAAGUUUUCUCCUGAUGGUAAAUACGUGGUCUCAGGCUUCGACGUGGAUCAUGGAAUCUGCAUAAUGGAUGCUGAGAACAUCACCACUGUUUCCAUCAUCAAAGAUCAUCACACAAGGUCCAUCACGUCAUGCUGCUUUGACCCCGACAGCCAGAGGGUGGCUUCUGUCUCACUGGACAGGUGCAUCAAAAUCUGGGAUGUUACAUCCCAGGCCACGCUGCUCACCAUCACUAAGGCACAUUCCAAUGCAAUCUCAAACUGCUGUUUUACCUUCAGUGGCCAUUUCCUGUGUACAAGCUCCUGGGAUAAAAACUUAAAAAUAUGGAACGUCCACACAGGGGAGUUUCGAAACCGUGGAGCCUGUGUGACUCUGAUGCAGGGCCACGAAGGUUCUGUCAGUUCCUGUCACUUUGCCAGAGACAGCUCUUUUCUCAUUUCUGGAGGGUUUGAUAGGACUGUGGCUGUUUGGGAUGUAGCAGAAGGCUACCGGAAACUCUCUUUGAAGGGCCAUAAUGACUGGGUGAUGGAUGUCGCCAUUAGCAACAACAAGAAAUGGAUCCUGUCUGCUUCCAAGGAUAGGACCAUGAGACUGUGGAAUAUUGAAGAAAUUGAUCAAAUUCCUUUGGUAAUCAAGUACAAAAAGGCCAUGGGCUUAAAGUUGAAACAGUGCGAAAGAUGUGACAGGCCUUUCUCCAUCUUCAAGAGUGACACUUCUUCUGAAAUGUUCACCCAAUGCGUGUUCUGCCGGAUAGAUACAAGGGGCUUGCCAGCAGAUACUUCAUCGUCAUCAUCAUCAUCGGAAAGGGAUAACUCGCCGCCGCCAAGGGGAAGCAAGGAUGACUGACAGCCACAGGCUCCUUUGAGUGACUCCAGCACAGGCUACCUAGCAUGUAGGUUUCGGGGCUCUGCGGGGGCUUUCUCUUGGGCCCCUCCCAGGCUCAGUAGGCCUGUCAGACUGGGGCAGGACCCAAGCCCUGGCUGGACUCUCAGCACAGUGCCACCUCCUCAGCUCUCAGCUUGGGGAGUGAACACUUUACUUUCCGUUUUCAUGCAGAAUAAAUCUAAUUCCUUUGGAAAA